CGUGGUCCGUGGUCUGUAAUUGAUGAAUGGAAACCAGAAAGUGUCGUGUGGCAUGAUAUUUUCAAAUUUAAUUUAAAAGUUUUAAUAUUGAAUUAACUAAACGAUUGUGAUGUCGGAACACGUACUCCCGGCCGAAGAGCCGGUGCGGUUCGUAGCUCCUAUUAUUCAGGACAAUCCGACAGGAUGGGGACCUUGCGAAAUGCCGGACCAAUUUAGGGAUAUGCCUUACCAGCCUUUCAGUAAAGGGGAUCGUUUGGGGAAGAUUAGUGAUUGGACUGUCGUACAGGAUAAGAAAUACCAAAACAAGUAUGCGUCUCAAUUCGGCGCUGGUUCGUCGUACGCGUACUUCCACGAUGAGGACGAGAGUACUUUCCAUCUGGUUGACACGACGCGAGUUCAGAAGCCGCCGUACCAACGCGGAAGGGCCCGAGGACAGCGUGGCCGCGGUGCCAGAGGUGCCCGUACUCCUGGCGGCAUGACUACAUUGAACAAGCAACGUGACCGUAAGCUUGGCAAGAGAUGGGGUCAAAGAGGUGCUCCAAUGAAGAUUCGUGAUGCUUCUGUUACUGUUCGACCAACUUGGGUCACCAUUGAAGAUAUGGAUUUCCCCCGUCUGGCUAAACUAUCAUUACCAGGAAUUAAAGAAGGAGAGGAUAUUGCGUGCUGUGGUACCUUGGAGUACUAUGAUAAGGGCUAUGACAGAGUGAAUGUGAAACAUGAGAAGCCACUUCAGCGCAUCGACCGCAUCUUCCAUACAGUAACAACCACAGAUGACCCUGUAAUCCGUCGCCUGAGUAAGACGACUGGCACUGUGUAUGCCACUGACGCCAUUCUGGCCACCAUCAUGUGCUGCACCCGCUCCAACUACUCUUGGGAUAUUGUUAUUGAGAAGAUUGGUGACAAGCUGUUUCUGGACAAGCGCGACAACACGGAGUUCGACUUGCUGACCGUGAACGAGACGUCCGUGGAGCCGCCCGCGGACGAUGGCAACUCCAUCAACUCGCCGCGCAACCUCGCUCUGGAAGCCACGUUCAUCAACCACAACUUCAGCCAACAGGUGCUGAGAACUGGCCCCAACGAGCCAAAGUACAAGUUCCCGGAGCCUAAUCCGUUUGUUUCUGAGGAGGAAGGAGAAGUGGCCUCGGUGGGCUACCGGUAUCGCAAGUGGAACCUCAACAAUGGAGUGGUGUUGGUGGCUCGAUGUGAGCACGACGCCGUGUUGCAGGGUCCGCAGAACGAGACCCAGUUCCUGACGAUCAAGGCGCUCAACGAGUGGGACUCCAAAGUCGCUAAUGGCGUGGAGUGGCGACAAAAGCUCGACACGCAGCGCGGCGCCGUGCUCGCCAACGAGCUGCGGAACAACUCCUGCAAGCUGGCCAAGUGGACUGUGCAGGCCUUACUAGCGGGUUCGGACCAGAUCAAGUUCGGCUACGUGUCCCGCACGCAAGUUCGCGACAACUCGCGUCACGUCAUCCUCGGCACCCAGCAGUUCAAGCCGCACGAGUUCGCCGCACAGAUCAACCUCUCCAUGGACAACGCGUGGGGCAUACUGCGCUGCAUCAUCGACAUUUGUAUGAAGCAGAAGGAUGGUAAAUAUCUAAUCAUGAAGGACCCCAACAAGCCCCUGAUCCGUCUGUACGACAUCCCGGACAACACGUUCGAGUCGGACGGCUCGGAGGAGAGCGGGGAUGAGCCGGUGGACACGCCCUUCGCGCCGCUCUACUCUUACGGGAACUCUAAAAGAGUUUAGAUUUGAAUACGGCCGAAUAGUGAAAGCCAUUUUAAAGGUUAAGAGGGUCUUACUUUAUCUUUUUGGCGUUCUCUCACUCAUAAAGGAGGUUUUACCAGUGUAGCCAGAAAAAAGGGUACGAAAUUUGUACUUUUUGCGUAAUGUAUCGUCGCAUAGUCAUACCUUUUUCAAAGAGCCUUAGGGCCGAUUUUUCAAUCGUCUAAUAACUUUUAUCAGAGGAAUAAAUUUGACGUUUUGACAGAUUUCCUAUACAAAAACUGUCAAAACCUCAAUAGGUUAUUUAGUGAUUGAAAAAUCGGGCCAUAAUGUCAUUUGUGACUUUUCUACGCCUUAAUAUUUAAGAUGCUCUUAACAAUUAUUUAAUUGGCUUUUCAGUAUUCGGCAGUAUACAGGUAUAGUUAUAGAGCCAGUGGCAAUAAUAUUUAAUGUAUGGUAUCACCGUUUAUUUCAUACUAAAUAAUUUAAAUGUGUUUCUAGCUCAACGGUUUAUGGAUAAAGAUAAAAAAAUGAAUUUGUGUUUAAUUAUUAUUUAAAUUUAAAAAGCGCAUUUUUUUUAAACAACACUGACAAAAAAUACACGUUUUCUUGCAUAAGCCCUAUCAUUACACAAAAAAAAGUCGAUGAUAUCAUAAUUAAGUGAUUUUGCCACCAGCUACUUAACUAAAGCUCUUUAUACCCAAGCCUAGUUAUCUCUAACCUAAGUAAUAGGAUGUAUUAUUUCAUAUUUUAUUAUUCAGUGAAAUAAAAAUCUUUUGGUCACA